AUGGCUUCGAAACUUGUUGCAGUCUGCAUUUUGAUUAUGGUGAUUGCGGCGGAAUGCAAACCGCAACCACCGCCGUUGGACGGCCUGGGAGAAGUCAGCAUCACCAACCCGGAAAUUGUCGUAAGUGAAUCCAUUGGGGGAACUUGCAGUUUUUUUUGUGCCACAGUAGAGAACCGGAUCUAGCGGCAAAAAACGUACCAUUUUGCAUCCGAGAGGUAUCAAAAAUGUAGCAAAGUGCCUACCUCUCCAAGUGAAAAAACUCCAAUUUAAAAACCGCGCCCGCUCUUUUUGUGAGGGAAAGGGUUUUGCGCCCUUCAAAACGAAGUUUUUUCACUUGGAGAGGGAAGCAUUUUGCCACAUUUUUGAUAAUUCCCGGAUGCAAGAAAAGAGCGGGCGCGCUUUUAAAAUCGGGUCUUUCAAUUGGAAAUGGAGGUAUUUUGCCACAUUUUUGAUACUUCCGGGAGGCAAAAUUAUAUCUUUUUUGCCACUGGAUCAGGUCCGACACUAUAAUAUUUUCACAAAGUGCGUAGACUUUUUUUCCUUUCACUAGGCCUUCCAGAAAGUCUCCGGACUGAUUUUUGACGUUUGCACUGUGCGAAAAAAAAGUCAGGGUGCGAGCGACACCGAAAAAAGCACGGUGCAAAAAGCGAUAAAUUGCACAGUGCAAAGAAACUUUUUGUUUUUGCACAGUGCGUGUCCCCGAUUUCAGUUCGGCGACUUUCCGGAAGGACUAAUUAUUUCGAUGCACAGUGCAUUUCGCCUUUUCUCCGCUUGUUUGUCGCAAACGCACCGUGCAUUUUGCUUUAUUUUCUGCACAGUGCAAAAUUGGAAAAGUGGUUUGUAAAAACCGCAAUUUUUCAGAAACUUGCCAAAAAAUCGUUUGCCAAAUUCAACGCCCAACACAAGGGAGCCUACACCUUCAAGCGGAUCAAGUGGGCCGGAUCACAGCAAACCGCUGGAACCAUUUACGACAUCAAGUACAUCGUUGCCAAGGGAAAAUCGGAGGAAUGCAUUGAAGAUGGGAUUUAUGUGGAGCCAUUCAACAACAAGGAGGACCAUGACAUCAAAAAAUGCACUUAA